CUUUUUUUGCGUAUUAUGUAUUGUACUCUUUUUAGUAGAUACUCUAUUUUUAUUUAUUUUCUAUUUUUAAUUUUUCGCGUUGAUAUUUUGUCCUUUUUGACAGAUUGGUAUCCCACACAUUCAAACGACAACGGUUGUCGUGGUAACAGUUUUGUUUACACCAAUUUUAUCGAAGUGACUACACUACAGACUUAAUUAAAACUAAAUAAACUAUUCAAUAACAUACGGUAAAGAUCGUGGUUGCCAGCGAUGGAUUCUAUAACUUAUACGGACAACGUGUGUAUGGACAUCAAAAUGUCUCAAGAGAACAUGUUACUGGAAGUCAUUAGGGAGUUGUGCGGCGAAAACAGCAAACUGUCGGAUAAAUUGAAGGGGAAAGUAAAUAGGAUUAUAGCCGAUUGUAACCUCACACACUAUUCUAGUUUACACAGGCUCAGUAACCCGGAUGAAAGCACGGCUACCUUGCUAGGGUUCAUGCACCAAACUGCAGUAGAGCUCACCUUCGAUGAACAAGCUGAAUUCAACCAGGCUGUCCUACAAAAGAUCCAAACCAAACUACCCAAAUUCAUAGCUGAACUUGAACAUCUAAGACAGUCAACAAACAGUAAGAAAACACAGAAAAGUAAAAUGAAGGAGCUUCAAGACAGUAUCGAUGAUAAACUGAGCACUCUUGAAGAACAGGAGAGCGAGAAAGUGGAACUGAUGAUGGAAUGGCUCAACCACAGGCUCCGGGAUGUCACGAAGUUCAGUGAUGAUUCCAGUGAGCUGCUGACUCUUAAGACUAAGAUUCUGGAUUUAAAAUCUAAAAUCCUCCACCUUCAAAUUCUUCAAAACAUCUUCACGGAGACCAACCAAUCUAUAAAGGCGUAUAGUGAAAUACACAAAGAUAUGAAAGAUUCCAUCAAGGAAACAGAACAAAGAAUUAAAAAUUUCCGAGAUAUCAUUAAUGGUGACAAAUAAGAACUUUGAACCUCUAUGUUUAGAAGAGCUCAGUUUACGUUGUGUCGCAAAGUACAAAGUUUAAGGCCACAAAGUCAUCUUUCAAAGUCUUAGGCUGCAUUUCUAUCAUGCACAAAUGCUAAAGAUUGAUUGCUAAAGACAAAAGAUUCUGUAAUUAAUUUUUAGUGGAAAUGCAACCUGUUAAGGCACGGUUUGGCAGCCGACUGCACGCUACAGCAACGGUUGAAGUGUGUAGCACUACUGGUUUACAUCCGAAUAACCGAGAGUUUGAAGUUACCACGCCAAAGCCGCUGUGCGCGUCUUAUCGCGGGUUCAAGCCCCGCGUAAAACAGGCGUUUGUGUGAUCCACGCUUUCUUGCCCUGAGUCAGGGCGUCUCUGAUCAUGUGAUUUGAAUGUUUAAAACUCGCGUGACUAAAGGAGCGGAGAGACAUUAUUUAAAGAAAUCUUUAUUUCUGUGUGUACUGUAAUCGGCUAGAAACUCGUGUCUUGAGGCGCUUCUAACUAUUGUGUAGGCCUAUGUUAAAAGAACUUUGUACCGAAAAGCCAAACGUGUAACAAUAUGGACUUUGGAAUCAUGAUAGAUUGGUUGGAUAAAAGUCUUUUUAUCUACUUAUUUAAUUAGCCAAUGACUUCAUAAUUUCAAAGUAUAUUUUUUUAUUGCGUCGUCGAUAGGACAGGGAGUAUAUUUUGUUUUUAUUAUUUUAUU